GACGUCAGAUCGGGCAGACAUAUUUGUGCGGGCUAAUAGUUAACGGUCGUACGAAUUCGUAUGGGGAGAGGAAGCCAGGGCAAGGAUUUAGUUCAGAUUGUGUUUACUUCUCGACUUUGCCAGGGAUCGCGGUUGCACAGAAAUGUCGGAGGAAAUUGAGGGGACAAAGACGACGGAGGAGACGGUGGUGAAUGACCAGAAUGAGAUGGACGACAAGGUGAUCAGUCCAGAGAAGGUUGAGGAGGCCAAGUUGAAGGCUCGCUACCCAAACCUGGGGCACAAACCUGGAGGCUCCGACCUGCUACGCAAACGCCUGACCAAGGGGCAAAAGUAUUUUGACUCUGGGGACUACAACAUGGCCAAGGCCAAGGUGAAGAACAAGCAGCUUCCUGCAGCCACGUCAGAGAAGAGCGGAGGAGGAGAGAUCACAGGAGACCAUAUCCCUACACCUCAGGACCUGCCGCAGAGGAAACCUUCCCUGGUGGCCAGCAAACUGGCCGGCUGAUACACACACUGUCCUGUCUCUAACCCUGUCAAUACUCCUAACAAUCACCCUACUACACCUGUUCCUGUCUCACUACCUCCCCCCAUCUACUUCUGCCCCAGAGAGACCCUUCCCUGGUGGCCAGCAAACUGGCACACACCCCUAACUGCCUGUCCCUGGUUCUGUCCCUCAUCCUCUUCACCCAGUCCUCUCUGCUUCCCCUCACCUUCCACUCUGUUAUGGCUCCUUCUUCUUCCUGCUCUUCCUCUCCUCUCUGUUCUUGUUUAUUUUCUAUUCUCAUGUAAAAAUACACUGAAAGCAAGGAUGAGGAUGUGUAGAAGGGAGAGAGAGGGAGGACUGAGAUGACUCCACUACAGGAGGAGACUUUAAAGAUGACCAGAACUCUGUGUCCCAGAUGACACCCUAUCCUAUAGAUGACACCCUAUAUAGCCCUGUGGGCCCUGGUCAAAAGUACAGUGUACAAAACAUUAGGAACACCAUUCCUAAUAUUGAGUUGCACCCCCUUUUGCCCUCAGAACAGCCUCAAUUCGU